GAUAGAUUACCGCUAAUGCUGCUGGCGGAAUCGGCCGAUGAAAAAAUCUUCUGGUUGUUCGUAGUUAAUUGAGUUUUCCAGCAUUUCGUCGGGAAUCUGAGGCACUAGUGGGACGUCAGUCGCCAGACGACCACCGUGUAUAUCGGAUUUCCCUGACGGUGCAGGAUCCAAAUUCACAUUAAUCAUGGCACAGGACAAUUCAACUUCAAAACCUGCAACUCAAUUCAAACUUGUACCAAAAAUCAUAAAUGGUGGCAUUGCUGGAAUCAUUGGAGUGUCCGUGGUGUUCCCGCUGGAUUUAGUUAAAACGAGAUUACAGAAUCAAAUUAUCGGUCCAAAUGGCGAACGAAUGUAUAAAUCAAUGUUUGACUGUUUUAAAAAGACUUACAAAGCGGAGGGGUACUUCGGGAUGUAUAAAGGAAGCGCUGUAAAUAUAUUAUUAAUUACUCCUGAGAAAGCCAUCAAACUUACUGCCAAUGAUACAUUUAGAUAUUACCUUUCUCCUGGGCCCGGACAAAAAUUGCCAUUAGAACGUGAAAUGCUUGCUGGCGGUUUAGCGGGAGCAUGCCAAAUAAUCGUAACCACUCCAAUGGAACUACUCAAAAUACAAAUGCAAGACGCUGGCAGAGUCGCCAUGGCAGCUAAAGAAGCGGGUAAAACAGUGCCUAAGGUAUCCGCUUGGUCGCUAACGGUGGAUCUACUUAGGAAGCGAGGUAUACUAGGGUUGUAUCAAGGAACCGGUGCCACAGCGUUGAGAGACGUGACGUUUUCCGUUAUUUAUUUCCCUCUAUUCGCCAGACUGAAUGACAUGGGCCCGAAACGAGAAGACGGUUCAUCUGUGUUCUGGUGUUCAUUCCUUGCCGGGUGCGCCGCCGGUUCGACGGCCGCAUUAAUGGUGAAUCCAUUCGACGUAAUCAAAACUAGACUGCAAGUUAUCAAAAAAGCACCUGGUGAACCUACGUACAACGGAGUAUUAGACUGUAUAACGAAGACAUUUAAGAACGAAGGCCCAACGGCGUUCUUCAAAGGCGGCGCUUGCCGAAUGAUUGUCAUAGCGCCGCUGUUUGGAAUUGCACAAACCGUCUAUUAUCUUGGCGUAGCCGAGUGGCUACUGGGAUUGAAGUAAAAUCGCCAUAUCGUGCCGUUCAAACGCUCUGGGAAAUCGACAAUAAUAAUCGUUGUAAACGUAGUUAUAUUUUAGCUUGAGAUUUCCGUCGCGAUAAAAGUGUUGUUGUUCAAACGGAAUCUCUCGAUCGCUUACAUGUAAAAGAAUGUUAAAGAGAAUAUGUCAAUUGUAAUUCUCGCAGGUCGCGAAUUAUGAUAAGUUCAUAGUUAAAUGAGAUGUAUCUCUAUCUCUCAUAUUCAUAUCCGCAAAACUCAUCAAAUUAUCAAACACGAUGGGGUUUACCGUACGUUCGUUUUAUACAUUACGUUCCUACAGAAUUCUUUCAAUAGAUUUGUCGAAAAUCGAAUCGUGAAGUAUAUUUGGCAUUAUGAAAUUUUACAUUAUAACCACAUGUUAUUCGAUGUUCGUCAUCGCAUUUUCCAAUAUAAUAAUGGCUUCCUAUCUUCUUCGUGUUUUAUGGGCUCUAUAUAGAUAUUAUACGCGAGAUCCUACUCACGAAUUAUGCUUGACCUAUACGUAUACUGGGAUCUUCGUUAUAUCUACCAACCUAGCCAGUCAAUUAUAAAUAUCGAAGACUUCUCAAAGAUUUACGUAAGCUGAUAUUUUUUUAAAUACUUUGUUUUAGGAUAAAAGAAUAAUAGGAUAUUUUGUUAAAGCUUGUAUUCGUUACCUAAGUUUUUGUUAAUUUCUAUCUUGUCAUGUCGAGAAAACGAUGUAAUCUUUAUGGCCAUAUAUGUAAUAUAAUAGCAAUAUUACAGAAUCUUUAAAGCAAAUGUAACUGUA